UGAUCAGGAUUUGCUUGUGAGCAGUUUGAUGUUCAGAUUUUUUAAAAAGGGAAGACGUAAUCAAGGAGCUUUUUCUAAUUUUGAGAUGCCAUUUGAGUUAAAUUUUGAGUUUGAGAUGCCUUGGGAUGUGGCAAAGACAACCGGCACUGAUAAAUAAGAUUGAAGUAAGUGAAUUCAGAUACAAUUCAAGCUUGUUAGAGGGCUUUUUAAAAAUAAAAAGUUGAUUCGGUGCACGAGAGCAAAUUACUGCUGCUUACCGUUCAGAGACUUACAGGUGCUUGCCUGCAUUGCAAUAAAGGACUCAUAUAUUGAGCAAGACUUAUAUUUAUCUCUUCGUUUUGGAGAGCCUAAUAAACUGUUAUUACAGUUUCUCUACUGACUUUAAAAAGUUUUGAAGUUUGGAAGACACCUUUGCAAUUAACACAGCAUGAGCACGGCCAGAACAGAGAACCCUGUUAUAAUGGGUCUAUCCAGUCAAAAUGGUCAGCUGAGGGGCCCUGUGAAGCCCAGUGGUGGCCCUGGAGGAGGGGGCACACAGACACAGCAACAGAUGAACCAGCUGAAAAACACCAACACAAUGAAUAAUGGCACUCAGCAGCAAGCACAGAGUAUGACCACCACUAUUAAACCUGGUGAUGACUGGAAAAAGACUUUAAAACUCCCUCCAAAGGAUCUAAGAAUCAAAACUUCGGAUGUGACCUCCACAAAAGGAAAUGAGUUUGAAGAUUACUGUUUGAAACGGGAGUUAUUGAUGGGAAUUUUUGAAAUGGGGUGGGAAAAGCCUUCUCCUAUUCAGGAGGAGAGCAUUCCCAUUGCUUUAUCUGGUAGGGAUAUCUUAGCUAGAGCAAAAAAUGGAACAGGCAAGAGCGGUGCCUACCUCAUUCCCUUACUUGAACGGCUAGACCUGAAGAAGGACAAUAUACAAGCAAUGGUGAUUGUUCCCACUAGAGAACUUGCUCUACAGGUCAGUCAAAUUUGCAUCCAGGUCAGCAAACACAUGGGAGGGGCCAAAGUGAUGGCAACCACAGGAGGAACCAAUUUACGGGAUGAUAUAAUGAGGCUUGAUGACACAGUGCAUGUGGUGAUCGCUACCCCUGGGAGAAUCCUGGAUCUUAUCAAGAAAGGAGUAGCAAAGGUUGAUCAUGUCCAGAUGAUAGUGUUGGAUGAGGCAGAUAAGUUGCUGUCACAGGAUUUUGUGCAGAUAAUGGAGGAUAUUAUUCUCACGCUACCUAAAAACAGGCAGAUUUUACUAUAUUCCGCUACUUUCCCUCUUAGUGUACAGAAGUUCAUGAAUUCCCAUUUGCAGAAACCUUACGAGAUUAACCUGAUGGAGGAACUAACUCUGAAGGGAGUAACCCAGUACUACGCAUAUGUAACUGAGCGCCAAAAAGUACACUGCCUCAACACUCUUUUCUCCAGACUUCAGAUAAACCAAUCAAUCAUUUUCUGUAACUCCUCUCAGCGAGUUGAAUUGCUAGCCAAGAAGAUUUCUCAACUGGGUUAUUCUUGUUUCUAUAUCCAUGCUAAAAUGAGGCAGGAACAUCGAAAUCGUGUAUUUCAUGAUUUUCGAAAUGGCUUAUGCCGCAAUCUUGUUUGCACUGAUCUGUUUACCCGAGGUAUUGAUAUACAAGCUGUGAAUGUGGUUAUAAACUUUGACUUCCCAAAGCUGGCAGAGACCUAUCUCCAUCGUAUUGGAAGAUCAGGUCGCUUUGGUCAUCUUGGCUUAGCUAUCAACUUGAUCACAUAUGAUGAUCGCUUCAACCUGAAAAGUAUUGAGGAGCAGCUGGGAACAGAAAUUAAACCUAUCCCAAGCAACAUUGACAAGAGCCUAUAUGUGGCAGAAUACCACAGCGAGCCUGUAGAAGAUGAGAAACCUUAACAAGCAUGCUUUGACAAACUACAGAAGGCUCAUUUGGAACUGUGACACAUUGUUUGUGGGGGGGGUGCUCUUCUCUUUCUGGGUUUUUCAUCUUCUUUUAUUUUGGAACUAUGAAGACUUAAAAGAGCUCAGACAUUUUUCUUUUUUUAAACUGGUGAAGAGAAAAAAGCUGAAAAGGAAUAUACCUUUUUUGUUCCACUUGUUUGCACUGUGUGCUGACUGAACAUUAGUUGCACUAACUGCUGGUUUUUAAAAAAAUGUUUUCUGGGGAAAGGGGACAAGGAAGGAAGAGAAAGAAGGGGAGAAACCCUAAAAAGAGAAGAAUCUUGAUGAACACACAAGCUUGUCUACGAUUUCAGAAUUCUCCAACAGCUGACUCUUGAGUGCAUUUCAACUUCUCCUUGAUUAGUCAUCCGUUUUUUAAGCCUGAAGAGCUUAUUACUUAUUUGUGCGAAGUGCCUUAUGCUAUGAGACCAUUCAGAAUAUCAUCUUUUAGAUACAGUCCAAGGAAUCAACGAUAGUAAUUCUUUCUUUUUUUUUUUUUCUUUUCUUUUCUUUGUUUUAAAAACUUUUGUGUUUUCAUUUUAGUUUCAAGUUGAAGUCACCUCUUCCCUUUCUACCUGAUACUCAAGCCCAGGGCUGGAAGAUGAAACUUACUAGUAAUGUUAAACACCAUUUUCUUUUUCUUUAUAUGGAGGAGUUGAUAAUGCAGCUGCAGUUCAUCCGCACUGUAAAUACAUGUAUUUAAAAAAAACAA